AUGUUACAACUAUCUGAAACGGAAAAAUAUUCAAAUUGGACUAAAGAACAACUUAUCGAAAAGCUUUUAUUCUACGAAUCAAAACUUCAAGAGACAACGUUAAAUCCUGUCACUACCUCUCUGGUAAUAAAUUCACCAAUUUCCACAAAAAAAUUGGACAAAAAGAAACAAAAAUCGUCCGAUAGGCCUUUUGAUUGGUCAAAAUAUUCCAAAAGACACAUCGCUUUAAAAAUUGCUUAUUUUGGUUGGAAUUAUCAUGGAUUUGCUUCCCAAGGAAACGAAGGUGAUUUUCCUACCAUCGAAGGACAUUUGUUUAAAUCCUUAAUAAACGCAAAAUUGAUAUCUGACCCAACAGAUUGUAACUUUUCUAAAUGUGGUAGAACUGAUAAAGGGGUUAGCGGAUUGGGUCAAGUAGUAACGUUAAAUGUUAGAUCAAAUCUUCCAAAAGUUCCUCCUGUUAUAUUAGAAAGUAAUGAUACCACUACUAUUACCUCCGAUAUAACAAAUAUUAAGUCUAAUCAUAGGAAAGUUGAAGAAGUAUCAUAUGUUGAAACUUUAAAUAGAUCCUUACCAAAUGAUAUAAGAAUAUUGGCGUGGGCUCCUGUUGAUGAUGAUUUCGACGCACGAUUUAAUUGUAAAUCAAGAAAAUACAAAUAUUUCUUUGUUCGCGGAAAUUUAAACGUAGAAUUAAUGAGUGAAGCGGCAAAUCGAUUUCUUGGAACUCAUGACUUUCGUAAUUUCUGUAAGAUUGAUGGUGCCAAACAAAUCACUAAUUUUAAACGUACGAUACUUGAAGUAGGAAUAGAUCUUGUACGACAUCAAGAGAAUUCUUUCAAGGAAUUUUAUGUAUUUAACUUACGCGGUACAGCAUUUUUAUGGCAUCAGGUUAGAUGUAUGAUGGCUAUUCUUUUUUUAAUAGGUCAAAAUCUAGAGUCUCCAUCAAUCAUUGAUGAACUUUUGGAUGUUACAAAAACACCCGCCAAACCUAAUUACGAAAUGGCUAGCGAAAUUCCUUUGGUAUUAUAUGAUUGUGAAUUUGAUAAUCUGGAGUGGCGGUAUGGACGCGAUUCCGACACUUUAUACGAUACUCCUUUAAGACUUUAUAACCAUAUUUAUGAACAAUGGUAUGCUCAUAUGACAAAAUCUUUGGUUUAUUCAACUUUCCUGGAAGAUCUUGAUAACAUAACAAAUCUACCUGCCAAAAAGUCAACUUCAAUUAUUGUUGGAGGCGGUAAAGAACGUAAAAUUCGCAAUUAUACCAAGAUCUCAAAUAGAAGAACAUGUGAUACAGCGGAAAGUAAGAAUGAAAAGUAUAAUGUAAAGAGAAUCAAAUUGGAUCAAAAAUAG